CGUUCUGAGUACUGUUUAGUUGUGUGCGUUGAAUGAUUGUGUGUGUGCGUCCAGUCUGUAGGUCUGUGGUCGUGGAACCCGGUUCGUUCAAGCCUCCGGUCUCGUCGUAUCAGAAAAAGAAAUUGAGUUGAGAAUAAAUUGAAAUUAAUGCAAGUUAUAAGUUCUCUUGUAUAGUGACGCCAUAAAGUUGGGUUCAAAUUUGUGUCGAAAUCAUAAGGAUAUUCAAUAAACUUGCUGAAGGGGACUUUUUGGUACAGAUAUUUUGUAAUACUAAACUAGGGUAGGCGUGUGCGGCAGAUCCAAUGGAGCUGCAAGCAUUGCUCGUCCUGUGCGGGGUGGGGGUCGCGGGACUCGCCAUGCUGCUGCUGAUGGGGUUGUUCUCUGCCUCUGGCACCAGUUAUGAGGAAGCAAUAGCUCAACAACGCCGAGCUACCACUGAACUACUUGCUCUUGCUGAAAGCAAAAAUAAGCCUAAAAAGAAAGAGAAGAAAGCUAACAAAAAGUUAGCAAAGAAGGAAAAGAGCAAGGAGAGUGCAGUUGGGAUGACAGGCAGUGAGCAGGAGAGUGAGGCACCAGCUGAGAGUGGAGUUGAGGACGAUGUGGUGCCCGCUCCUAAGGGACAUGUUGAGUUCAGUGCUGCAGUGGUAGUGGAUGUGCCUAGGGAUACCACACCUAAUGUCAAGAUCCGCAAACGCGGCAAGGAUCCUAAAGUAAAGCCGAUCUUGGUAAAUAAAGAGGAUCCGAGUUGCGUUAGCGAUCCGAGCGCGCUGCCUGACCCCACCACCACCACUGUCGCCAACCACUUUGAGGAAAUGCAUCCCAAAGAUGAGUUUGAAUUGAUGCAUUCAACACUCGUCACGGAAAAAGCCUCCGAGAAAGUGGAAGAAGUAGCGGAAAAGAAAGAAGUGAAAGUAGCUAAGGCCGCUAAGGGCAGCAAGGCAGUAGCUAAGCCCCCUGCUGUAGUUGAGGUCGCUAAGGAAGAAGUCACUCGCGAGCGACACAACAGUGGCGAAGUAGCGAAGGAACAGCGCAAGAGCAAGAAGAUUGAGAAGAAGUCCACGGAAGAAGUGAGUGAGAUCGUCCGCGAGGAGGUAGUUCCGCCGCUGAACGCGCCUCAGCCGAGCGAGCUCACGACUGACAAGCUGCUGAAGCAGGCGCUGGCGAACGCGCCGGCACCGGCCGCCUCUCCGCCCGGCAAGAACAAGAAGAAGAAACCAGAGCCCAAUGUGCUCUCGCUUAUGGUAGCGGGCGACAACGGCGGCGUGAACGUGGGCGAGCUGGUGCGCGUGGUGCGCGAGGCGGUGCUGUCGCGCACCGAGAUACAGAUCCUCACUGACGCGCUGCUCAACAAGCACCACGACCCGCUGCCCGAGCACUCCGAGUGGACCGAGGGUCCCAACGAUCCUAUUCAGAAGCUGAAGAAGCAGUUGGCCGAUAAAGAGAAGGCGCUCGCCGAUGAGAUUGAGGCCUCUCAGGCUCUGCACGCCAAGCUUAAGGAGCUCAGGGGCGCGCUGAACGCGGAGCGCACGCGCGCGGCGGCGGCGGCGCGGGCGGCGGAGCAGGCGGCGGCCGCGGCGCGGGCCGAGCUGCACACGCAGCAGGCGCGCCUGCAGCGUCUGCUCGACGACAACCACCAGCUCGCGCAGGAGAAGCUCAUGCUGCAGUCCAAGUUGGGUGCUGAAGGCGAGGCACAGGCCGCGCGUGUUCAGAUGGAACUGCACAUCCAAAGACUGUCUGAGGCGGAGGCGACCCUGCUGGCGCAGCUGACGGGGCUGCAGGCGGAGCUGACGGCGCACGCGCUGGAGGCGGGGCAGCUGCGCAUGGAGGCGGGCGCCGCGCGCGACUCCUGCGUCAUGGCGCAGCAGCACGCCGCCGACCUCGCGCAGCAGCUGCAGCUGGUGUUGCAGGACGCGACGCGCGCGUGCGGCGAGCUGGAGCAGCAGCGCCAGUGCGCCGCGCACAGCGAGCAGCGCGCGCAGCAGGACCUGCGACAGGCACAGGAGCGACUCGCAGCCAUGGCCGAGCUUCAAAACGAAGUGCAGAGAUUGGCGAACCGCGCUCAGACUGCUGAAAGUAACGUUGAGAUAUUGAAGGAGGAGUCCGACAAACAGAAGCAACAGUUGUCCAGUGAAAUAGCGUCGUUGCGUGAACAGCUGGCUGCCCGAGAGACUGAAUUAGCUGAAAUAAAACAAUUGAAGGCGGCGCCUGCGCAGAACGGACUGCCAGCCAAUGACCAAGUCAAGCAGGCUGCAGAACUCGCGAAGGUUGAGAGCAUAGUGGAGUCUCUCCGCGACGAGCUCGCGACGGCGCAGCGUGGCUCCCGCGACCAACGCGAGCAGCUGACCCGUCUGCACGAACAGUUGCGCCACUACCAGGAUAAGAACAAUGAGUUGCGAACUAAAAACUGGAAAGUAAUGGAGGCGUUACAAUCUGCCGAAAAGGCUCUUCAGACGAAAGCGGCAAGGGCGAUGCCGGCCCAAGACUCGCUGCGCGACGCCAUUGUGAAAGCACAAGAGGCUCAGUACGCUGAGGUGGCGAGUAUCCUCCGCGCGGCGUGCCCGGCGGCGGCGCCGGGCGCGGGCGCGGGCCGCGACUGGCUGCAGAGCUUCGCCGCCAACCUGCGCGCGCAGCUGCACCCGCCCGCGCCCGCACAAGCCGAGCCCGCCGACACCGACGCCAGGGUCAACGACCUCAUCCAGCAGAAUGAGCAGUCACAGAGCCUCGUCGAGAAAUACAAGAGGAUUAUUGACGACACCGAAGGAGUAUUGAGCCGCCUACAACAGAACGUAACGUUAGAAGAGCAGCGGUGGGCGCAGCAGUUGGCUGAGAAACAACGCGAACUUGAUGAUCUCCGGCAGCGCACCGUUCUGCAGGAACCUCUGGCGUUUGCAUACUCCUGCAUAGAGAACGCAUUGCCUGCGAUCGUAGAGGAGAUGCAAAAUAAAAUCGACUCAUUGCAAGAAGAGCUACAACAAGCAAAAAAGUCCAAUCACAACCACACUUUUGCUGACGCGGAACGGAGCGCUGAGGAAAGACUUAUGGCUGGUUUAUCUGACAAACACAGUGUAGACGUCAGCAAUGGACCAUUAAAGGUUGGACUGGACGAGAAAUAACAAGAGGCAAGCGUUGGCGACGAAGUAUCGAGGUGUCAUUCCUGUCCAGUGCGAGCGCACAGGUAACAUAGCAUGCGCAGACGCCGCCGUCGCGCUGCCGCUCAGGUGUAUGUUACUAUUAAUCGAUAUUUAUAAUGUAAGGGACUUGCAAACUAAUGUUCAGAAUGUAAAGUUAUAUCAUUGAUCACACUCGACAACAUACAAUCGCAAUAUCGUCCGUAUAAGUAUGUACAAAACUGGAUGAAAUUGCAUCAAGGUAAUGUUCAAGUUUGUGUUUUAGUAGUACUUUACAAUAAAUUAUAAAUAAGUGUACUGUUCAUUAAACAACUCUCAUUAAAAAUGCAAUGUAAUCUAUUUUAAAUUAGGUUUAAAUUUAAUAUGCCAUAACCAGUUGUUGGGUUAUAAGGUCGGGCAGCAAGUUUUGGGGCAGCAAUGGUUUAUAUAAAAGACAAAAUAUGUCACUGAUUGUUGCUCUUCUGCCAACGACAAUCAAUACAAAAUGUAUACUUGAAACUGGCAGUACAGUAAGCUAAUCGGUACAAAAAAGGCAAACGAAAACUUUAUAUUUUAAGGCAUUAAUAAAAUUUUUGGUAAUACACCUUCUAUAAUCGAAAACAUGAUGCUGCCAUUCCUUUUAUAUCCCUUCUUUAAAAUUAUUAAAAAAUGGGGUGUUGCAAUUUGAAUCAGAUUGAGGAUACGAACCAAUAAAUUAUGUGUAAAAAAUUCAGACUGUUCCACAGUAUUGGUUUAAUUUGUGAAAUCUAAAUUCCUAAUGAUAUGAUAUGUUUUUAGUGCUUUUGGGACUGUGUAAGCAAUACUGUGAAAAUUUAUGACUAGAAUAACAUCUCGAACUAUUUAGAGAUGGAUUAUUAUUGUUACAUUACACAAAACACAUGUUAUGCAAGCACUUAGGAACGUCCUUACAUCAGGGGCUCGACACACGUAAUCGCUUCAUAGUAUAUGAACCUCAGAAUCAAGAUAAGCUUAAUCUAUAAAUAGCAAUUAUUCAAUUUUCUAUUAUAAUAAAUCCAUUAUGGAUUCCGUCGUUAAUUUAUGAAAUCUGUCUAUGUGUAACUCAAUAAAACGCGAAUCAAAUUGUAACCGUAAAUAUUAUGUAUUGUGAUGUGAAUUAUAAUGAAUUAGUUGUGGUAGUAGAGCAAUAUUGAUGAUGAUUUUGAAAAUUUUAUUAUUUAUUUAAUUUGAAUUACUAUGUAGUUAGAUAAAAAAUAUUUAAAAGUAAUACCUACAGUUGUAUAUUAUGGCAACGAUAUAUUUAUUGUGACGUGCGAUUGUAUAUUGGAUAAAAUUCCCAUUUUCCUAUUCUGAUAUACCCUAUUUUUAAUUUGCCGAAUUAACAAUUUUCUAUUCUUAAUAAUUUUAAGGAAUGUUAUUUACUCUUUAGAAUUAUAUUAUUAUUUAUAAAUAUUUUUUUAUCUA